AUGGCUAAAUGGCAGGGAGGAGCUGAAGGGAACAAAGAAUCAAAGGUCCAAGUUCAACCUCUGUUCAACUUUAAGGAUUUUGAUGUGCAGAGUUUGAAGACAAAAGAUCUCUCAAACUAUGGCAAGGGACUCAGGGUGGAAGGCCACGUGUUGCUGACUCUAUCCAUGGUUCUAGAGGAACUAUGUAUGAAGGCUACUUUAGAGGCAAUCAUUAGGAAUGAUUCAAAGCACUUUGCAGAUAUUACUCAAUGGGACUUUAGUUUCACUAAAACAGCAAAUGAACUUAUCACUUGCCUUAAGACAAUCGAUGGUAACCACUAUCUUGAGUGUGUGAGCACCGUGAAGUAUUCAUUUUUAAUUAAUGGUCAGGUUAGAGGCUAUCUUACACCAACUUGGGGUCUUAGACAAAGUGAUCCGCUCUCUCCGUAUCUAUUUCUCCUUGGAGCUGAAGUUUUCUCUGCUUUACUCAAUCAGAAAGCCUCACAGGGUUUGCUAAAAGGUAUCAGUAUUUGUGACUCGGCUCCAGUAAUCCAUCAUCUUUUAUUUGCUGAUGAUAGUCUCUUAUUUGGUGUGGCUAAUCAUGCAGAGUGUGGUCAUAUAAAGGCAGUUCUUGCCGACUAUGAAAAAGCCUCAGGUCAGUUGGUCAAUUUCGGCAAAAGCAACAUUGUUUUUAGCAAGGGUACUCCGGUUUCUUUACAAUCAUCUAUUGCGGGUGAGUUGGGGGUGGGUGUUGUUGUUAAGCAUGAGAAAUAUUUAGGUCUUCCUACAUAUGUUGGCAAAAGUAAAACGGAAACGUUCGCUUUUAUUAAAGAACGGUUGAGUAAGAAGUUGGAAGGGUGGCAAGGCAAAUUGCUCAGUGGGGCUGGUAAGGGUAUUCUAAUCCGUGUGGUAGCUCAGGCUUUACCUUCUUACUCCAUGAGUUGUUUCUUACUCCCAAAGAGUUUUUAUGCUGCUUUGCAUCAAAAAUGCGCUAGGUUUUGGUUGGGAAGUAAACAGGAGGACCGAAAGAUUCAUUGGCUUUCGUGGGAGAAGUUGUGUAGACCCAAAGAGAGAGGGGGUAUGGGCUUUCGGGAUCUCUAUGCACAUAAUAUAGCUAUGCUAGCGAAGCAGGGAUGGCGUAUUUUGCAGUUUCCGGACUCUUUGGUAGCGAGGUUGUUCCGAGCAAGGUACUUUCCUUCUUCAUCAUUUUGGUCUGCCACUGCUACCGAUGGUUCAGCUUGUUGGAAAGGGAUUGCUGAGGCAAGGUCAGUGUUGGCCCGUGGUAUGAGGUGGCAGGUAGGAGAUGGCACAAGGGUUUGCAUUUGGGAAGAUCCUUGGCUUCCAAGGCCAUUCUCGUUUAAACCUUUGUAUCGUGUCAACACACAUAUUGUGUUGGUUAGCGAGUUGAUCUCAGACUUUGUUUGGAACAGAAAUUUGGUGAAUAUACUGUUUGAUGCUAGUGAUGCAGAACUCAUUCUCUCUAUUCCGAUUAGUUCGAGAGGGAGAGCAGAUCGACUAGUUUGGCAUCAUGAUGCAAAGGGUGCUUUUACUACCAAAUCUGCUUAUUGGCAGGCUGCUCAAUGGCUGCAUUCAUCGGCCUCUACUUCCUCACAGGUAGAACAAAUUUGGCAUCAUAUUUGGCGUUCGAAUGUUCCACGUAAGGUCAAAAUAAAUGCUUGGAAAGCUUGUGGCUCUAUUCUACCAACUGUGAGCCAGUUGAGAACCAAACAUGUCUAUAUUGAUGCUCUAUGUUAUUUGUGCAACUCAGCUGUGGAGAUUGUAGAACAUGUGGUCCGGGAUUGCCCAUAUGUGAGGGAGGUUUUAUGUUGCUCCGCGUUGGAAGAGUGCUUUGAGGUUGAGCCUAAUAUAUCGUGUUUAGAUUGGUUGGAGUUGUGUCAUUCUCAAAUCCCUAAGGAAUUGUUUGAGAAACUACUUUGGGGUAUUUGGUCAGUUUGGAAGGAAAGGAAUUGUAGACUAUGGAAGAAUACGCAGCAACAUGUUGGUCAGAUUAAAGCUAAUGUUGAUGCAGCAUUUGACUCAGUGUUGCAUUGUGGAGGUCUCGAUGUUGCUUUCAGAGACUCUAUGGGGUGUCUGGUGGGUGGUUGUUGUGUUAGAGUGGACUUUGUUCACAAUGCUGUUAUGGUUGAGGCUUUAGUAGCUCGGUUGGCAUGCCAAGUUGCGUUGCAAUUACAGUUCAGCCCGGUUGUCUUCGAAAGUGACUGCCUCAAAGUGGUGAAGGAUGCUCAGAGUGGUGUUUCUGAUCUCUCAGGGUAUGGGACUCUUAUAGCAGAUAUUCAGUCCUUGUUAAUUUCCUGCCCGGGUUCCAGGUUCGUUCAUGUGUAUCGUGAGGCUAAUGUUUUGGCUCACAAAUUGGCCAAAAAGGCUUUGUGCUCUUCUUUAGAUGUACGCUGGUAUGGAUCUCUUCCUGCCAUUAUCAGUAACUUUGUUACUGCUCUUGUAUGA